AUGGCAAGUUCCCCUAGUUUUGUUAACCUCUUAGCAAGUCAAGGAUCAGUCGACCUUGACUCAGUAGAAACUCCUUUGUUUAGUAGCCAAUGUCCUGAAGAGUCUAGUGUUAAAGAGAGGAGAAAGUGGACUGUGAAGGAUGAUAUAAUUCUCAUUGGUGCUUGGCUCAACACCAGCAAAGAUUCAAUAGUUAGUAAUGAACAAAAAGCUGGUGCCUUCUGGAAGAGGAUUGUCGACUAUUACAACUCCAGUCCUCUCCUGGUUGGGACAGUGCCAAGAGAACUAGGUCAAUGCAAGCAAAGAUGGGCUAGGAUCACUGAUUUAGUCUGUAAGUUUGCUGGAUGCUACGACAUGGCACUGAGGGAGCAGAGAAGCGGGCAGAAUGAGAAUGAUGUGAUGAAGCAAGCGUUGGAUAUCUUCUACAGUGACCAGAACAUGAAGUUCAACUUGGAACAUGCCUGGCGGGAGCUUAGGCACGAUGUUAAAUGGUGCGCAACGUAUCUGGAGAAGGACAAGGAUAAGCGAAAACCAGGGGAUUCUCCAGUUCCAGAGCCAGAAGAGAGACCUAUAGGGGUUAAAGCUGCUAAGGCUGCGGGGAAGAGGCUUAAAACGGGAAAAGAAGAAGAAUUGGCGAAGCUACAAGGACUGUUGGAGACGAAAAAACUAAUCUCCAAGCAAAGUUUGCUAGAAAGUUUGCUUGCAAAGCCCGAGCCUCUCUCUGAGAUGGAAUUAGCUCUCAAAAUGAAACUUUUAUCUGAAAUGUUGUCCUGA